AUGCCACCGCCACUUCCCCCCCCAGACGAGCAGGAAUUUGACCAGCCCCAGCUCAUCGGCGGCUUACCCACCCCCGACUUACAUGCAGGAAAUAACCUCUUCUGGUACUUUACCUCGUCACCCUGGUUCGACUCUGAAUGCAUCAACAUUGAUGUCUAUCUCAACCUGCGCCAAAAUGACCCGGCUGUUGCGGAGAAGAUCAUGAAUGAUCCAAAGUUGUGGCAACAGAGACUUGACGAUCAGUCCGAAGGAACCCAGUACGUUAUUGCGGGCGAAGGCCAGGGCGAAGGCCAUCCGUGGCUUCUGCAACGCCAGCACAAGGUGCGCGUCACGGAAAACGACAAAGAACGUAUUGAAAACUUUGUUGAGGGCAAUUGGUAUACCCAUGGGACCAAGAUGCUCAUGGCGCCGAGCUUGCUGGAUAUCGUCCAGAGCAGAAUGCUUACUGUUUCGACGCGCAUGCAACAGAUGGCCGAGCUUUCCAAGAACAUGACGCAUUGGACACCUGCAACCGGCUACUCGUACUUCCCCUCAUCAUACGAAACUGCAAAGGCAACGACUACAGCAAGCCGAGUCGGUAGCCCAACGCUAGCCCCGACCGAUGCAGACGCCCCAGGCUCGCAGUCACAAGGCGCAGGUGUAGCCGCACAGGCCACAGAUUCAGCUGCUUCAGCCACUGACUUCUCCGACGCGCUCUUCAUGCACUCGCUCAACCUCACAAACGCGUAUGGCGACGAGUACAUGGAUGAAAAUCCGCUCAAGGGCGAACCCGGUGCAUUUGUCUUUGAAGGCACCAAAACAGCCGUCACUGCCAGGAACAAGGCACAGGAGCAGCAGUCGAUCCAAGCAGUACAGCCCGCGCCAGCAGCUCCUACGGAAUUAAAAAUCGAUACCGCAACGCCAAGUGUAGCGCCCUCUGUAGUGGCUACACCAAAAGCAGUGGCAACUCCCGGAGCCAUGGAAGGCCAUAGUAGGAAGAGCAGUGUAGCGCCUGGAUCGAAGAAGAAGAAGGAUAGGCGGAAAAGUCAGGCUGGACUAGCUAGUCCAACCACACCCAGUGUGCCCCAAGCAUGA